UAUAAUCUGUGAACAUGUGGUUCAGUGUUCCACCGACUUGAUUUGGAAUCCAGUGUGUGCUCCGAAUUUGUGCCCAAAAACCUGCUGCAGAUUUGUUUAUAAACCAAUUCUAUGCUCCCAAAGUGCAACAGCAUAAACAACAACAACAACAACAAAGAAUAAUUUGCAACUAAAAAAAAGCAAAGACUUUUUCGUUUUCCUUUCCGAGAGAUUGGCGUCACACAACGAGAGAGGCAAAACCACCCUGAGAGCAAGUACAUGUUCCAGAGAGCGCUGUCGAAAAGACAUUCAAUUUCAGUGUUCUUUAGUGGUUCACGCUGGGUGAGAUAAAUCAACUUACUCCAUAAAACAUCGAUAUAUCGAUAGUGCCGUCACGAAAAAGCGUCAUGAUGACUUUUGCUCUCUCGACUGCAUAAUACAAAGAGAGAAAUAAAUGAUUCUUUCGUUUGGAAACGAAUUUUAGUGUGCAAAAUGAGUAGCGAUGAAGUAGAAGUGAUUCAAGGGGAAAGUCCCCUAAGCACCGAAGAGUACGCAGAUGAUGACUUUAUGACAUGGGAAGAGUAUCAAAAAAAGCUCAAAAAAGCUGAGGCAAACAGGCGGUACAGAGAAAAGAAAAAGAAAUUAAAGCAGCCUCCCAAUGAUGACCCAAUAAGUACAUGGGAGGAGUAUGAAAAAAGGCGCAAAGCCGCUGAGGCCAGCAGGCGUUACAGAGAGCGGCAAAAAUAUUUUUACCUGCCUUCCAAUGAUGACAAUAGCUUAUGCGAAGAGGAUGAAAAAAAGCGCAAAAGGGCUGAGGCCAACAGGCGGUACAGAGAGAAGAAAAGGUUAUUAAUGGCUAAGGCUCCGAAACCAAAUCCCAGAACGCCUCCAGCUGCAGACUACAGUAAAGCAUGCAGAGAGCUUAAAAAACUGCAACAACCUGAAGCUGAAGAUUGUGAAAUAUCAUCUAGUUCCGUUUCAUCAAAAAUACUUAAAGCCAUGAAUAAUGAUACGGAAUCCGAUCAAUUUAAAGCUGAAAUACGUUACCAAGAGAUCCUGCCAAAAGAACUCAAUCUCCAAGAUUCGGAAAUGAACUUGGAUUACAUACAAGAGGCUCCUGUCCAAGAAACACAAUCUGACAGUGACGACAGUAAUGUUCCAUUAAAAAUUAACAUCACUUUGUCUUCAUCCUCUGAAAUUAAUUUUGAUGAGUUUCAAGAGACUUCUGUUCAGGACUCUAUGAGCACAGGAAACCAAAGUGACAGUGAUGAAAUAAGCAUGAGUGAUAUCGUUCCUGUAACCGAAGACUUUGCCAAAAUGUCUCCAGCAGAAAAGGCGGCUGAGGCUGCCAGGCGAUACAGACUUUUAAAAAAAUUAUUAAAGCCUACCAAACCUCCGGCUCGAACGGCUUCCGAACGAAGUAAAGCAUACAGAGAGCGUCAAAAAAGUCUACAACGUGCUGCGAAAUUAAUACUAAAAGACUCCAAAAUAAAUUUUAAUCAGAAAGAAGCGGCUAUCCAAGAAGUAAUUAAAAAGCAAUGUAAAAGUAAUGACGAUGCAAAUAUAAAACAAAGAAGUCCACCCAAAACACCUGGAGAAAGAAGUAAAGAAUACAGAGAGCGCAAAAAGCGCCUGAUAAUGACUGCAGUUGAAGAUAUAGCCAAAAAGCAACUUGGAAGUUUACCAGAAAACAACACCUUAGAAAAUACUGAAAAUGACAAUGAAACCGUUAAAACCGAAACAAGAAAACCGCUUCGUUACGUUUUGACACUGGAUGAGCGCUUGGCUGCCAUUCGGCAGUUCGAUAACGAAGCCAUGUACAACAAGAUCGCUCAAAACUUCAACUGCAGCUUGGAGCAGAUCAUUCGCGUGGUGUCCAAUCGAAAAGCCAUCUUGGAGUUCCACGAGGCCACCGUUCUCCUGAGCAAGCAGUCCAAAGAGGACAGCGAACUGCGUAGACGCAAACUGAACCUUUUGGGCUACUGUGUGUACGAGUAUACCCAAAGGGCUCGGUUUCAUCUUCUGACAGACGUCAGCGAAGAGGAUAUCCUCCAGCGUGCCAUCGAGUUCCGCAACCUCAUGGGAAUCGAUGGCUUUACGCCAAACAAGAGUUGGAUUAAUCAAUUUAUGGCCGCCUACGACAUAAAUUUCUCAAAAAACUUAACUAAUUUUACACAAAGACCGCGUAUAUCGUUGGACUUGAAAAACAUAAUGUCUCACUGUGUACGACAUUCCGCCAUGGCCUCCAACUUGGAACCGAGAGUUGUGGAGACCGUUGAUGACAUUGAACAGCUUUUGGAUCAUGCAAAAAACCUGCAGAAAAACUCUGAACACAAACAAGGCACCUCGAUAGACCUGGAGUUUGAAGACGAAGUUAAUAACGUUUCCGUGACCAUGGAUAUUGAAGAUAAAGACGACAUAGAUAACUUACCUGGCACACCCUUAAUUGAGGAGUUGAAUGAUAAUUCCCACCACAACAGCUCUUUGGAGAUCGAACAGCUUCAUCAUUCACCGAUUCACAUCUGUGAUUAUCAGCUUGUGGAUGAUGAAAUGCCAGCAAUUACAACUGCUUUCAUUCCUAGUCACAACUCAGAGAUCAUCGACGAGCCUCCGCUUCCACGCAACGUGAAGAACUUCAAGGAUGCACUGCUUCUUCUGAAACCCCUCGAGGAUUUUGCUCUGAUGAGGGAGAACUAUCGCGUCAUAGGCCUAAUUAGCCAGUUGGAACAGAUCUUUGAGGCUGGCAAAAAGGCUGAAGAAGUGGGUUCUUUAACUGAAUAAUUAGUGUAAGGAGGCUAGCUCAAUUAUAUGUAAAAUGAUAUUUUCAUAAGAAAAGUGAUCCGUUGAAAAUAGAUGUAUUUUGUUUUUUGAUUUUCUGAAUAUACCAAAAAUAAUUACAGCAAAUAUUGAUUUAAAAUAACCUUC